UUAUUUGGUAGUGGCUGAAGUAACAGAUUGGAAGAUGAGUGAAUUGGAGCAGUUGAGGCAGGAGGCCGAACAGCUGCGCAAUCAGAUCCAGGAUGCCAGGAAAGCGUGUAACGAUGCAACGUUGGUGCAGAUCACAUCAAACAUGGACUCCGUUGGCCGAAUACAGAUGCGAACAAGACGUACCCUGAGGGGUCACCUGGCUAAGAUCUAUGCCAUGCACUGGGGAUACGACUCGAGGCUGCUAGUCAGUGCGUCCCAAGAUGGAAAAUUAAUUAUCUGGGAUAGCUAUACAACAAAUAAGAUGCACGCCAUCCCUCUGCGGUCCUCCUGGGUAAUGACCUGUGCGUAUGCGCCUUCUGGUAAUUAUGUGGCUUGUGGCGGCCUGGACAACAUCUGCUCCAUCUAUAACUUGAAAACCAGAGAGGGAAACGUGAGAGUGAGCCGGGAGUUGCCGGGUCACACAGGCUACCUGUCCUGCUGUCGUUUUUUAGAUGACAGCCAAAUUGUCACAAGUUCAGGAGACACAACUUGUGCACUGUGGGACAUCGAAACGGCCCAGCAGACCACCACGUUCACCGGGCACUCGGGAGACGUGAUGAGUCUUUCCCUUGGUCCCGACAUGAGGACUUUUGUGUCUGGUGCUUGCGAUGCAUCUUCCAAAUUAUGGGAUAUCCGUGACGGCAUGUGCAGGCAGUCAUUCACAGGGCACGUCUCCGACAUUAACGCUGUCAGUUUUUUUCCAAAUGGGUAUGCCUUUGCCACUGGCUCUGAUGACGCCACCUGCCGACUCUUUGACCUCCGUGCCGAUCAAGAGCUGUUACUGUAUUCUCAUGACAACAUCAUCUGUGGAAUCACUUCCGUGGCUUUCUCAAAAAGUGGGCGACUCCUGUUAGCGGGCUAUGAUGACUUCAACUGUAAUGUGUGGGACACGCUAAAAGGAGACCGUGCAGGUGUCCUUGCUGGUCAUGACAACCGUGUCAGCUGUUUAGGUGUCACUGAUGAUGGCAUGGCUGUGGCAACAGGCUCGUGGGACAGUUUCCUUAGAAUCUGGAAUUAACAGUGUGGUCUUAACCUAAUUUCUGUUCUCCAUUGGUAUCUGGAGAAAUCAAUUCUACAGCCUAUAGCUGUGAAAAAAGAAAAUUCUACCUUAUAUUUGCAGGUAAAGAUUUUUCUAUUGAGAUUAUUACAAACAAAAAGCUUUCAGUCAAGUAC